GCGGCCCCUGGCAACGGGGAGGGCCGCACCCGGAGCCAUGGCGGCCGCCGGCAGCCCCAGCGUCUUCUUGGUGGCGGUCAACGGGCAGAUCGAGAGCGGGCAGUUCCCGGGAUUUGACGAUCUCUACUGCAAGUUCUGCUUCGUCUACGGCCAAGACUGGGUUCCCACAGCGGGCCUGGAGGAGGGCAUCUCCCAGAUCACCUCCAAGAGCGACGUCUCGCCCAGCACGCUCGUCUGGAACUUUCCCAUCGACAUUACCUUCAAGAGCACUAACCCCUUUGGCUGGCCACAGAUUGUAGUGAGCGUCUACGGACCUGACUUCUUUGGCAACGAUGUGGUCAGAGGUUAUGGAGCUGUUCAUGUUCCCUUUACACCGGGAAGACAUACAAGAACCAUCGCUAUGUUUGUUCCAGAGUCCACAUCUAUGCUGCAGAAGUUUACAAGCUGGUUCACGGGGAGACGCCCAGAAUUUACUGACCCCAGAGUGGUAGCACAGGGAGAAGGAAGAGAAGUAACGAGGGUGCGAUCUCAAGGCUUCGUGACCAUUUCCUUCAACGUAAUGACCAAAGAUAUGAAGAAGUUGGGCUAUGAAGUGAGCUCCAGCGACAUGGAGAACCCUUCCCUGGUGCCAGAAGGGAUUCAUAAAUAUUGAGCCCAGGCAGGGGAUGCUUAAAGGCUCACAGAGAAGUUAAGCACUUUGAGGCCUUUUGUGGCAAAGGGAAAUGUGUGUCUGACUAAACUGAGAAAAUUUCACUUGAGACCAUUAUUCCAAAAGAAACACAAGUCCACGAGGCUUUGGAAUAAUUACCCAAGUAUAAUUAUUUCAGUAAUCACACCGGUUUAAGUAUUAUAUAAAUUAAUGUAAUCACAUAAAAUAUAGCAUUUUUAUGAGUCAUAUCAGGCUAUCCUAAGACCUGUAACAAAGUAUUUUUUAUUACAGCCUUUUGUACAUUCUUUAUAUACUUAAAGAAUAGGGAAGUUUAUAGUUGUAGCAGUUUUCCUGUGUUUAAAAUCAUUGCAAACUCAAUUCUUUUUACUACUGUGGUAGAAAUUGGAAACUGAAAUUAUUUCACCAAAUCCACCUCUAAACUAAUGCUAGCACUUUUCUUUUAGGCCAAAUAAACCCAGUUUUCUAAAUAUA